AUGUCCGUGAGUGCUAAAUAUUUUGACGAGAACGACUUUUUCGUCCACUCCGGUGAAGGGUGCGGCGUACGGCCACUGCGACCCCUGGCGCGGAUUGUGGGCGGUGUGGCCGCCAAGCCGGGUGACUACCCGUGGCAGGUGUCCAUCAAGUACAAGAGCGGCUUCGUGCUCACCCAUCUCUGCGGGGGCGCCUUGCUCAACAGCGAGUGGAUCGUCACUGCGGCGCACUGCUUCGAACAUCGACUCAACCUCUCGAGGUAUAUUUUCCGGUUCGGGGACUUUAACAAGAGUGCUGUUGACGAAGGCGAGGUGGACGUCAAAGGCGACAAGCUGAUCAUGCACCCGGACUUCGACGUGCGUACGUUCCGCAACGACAUCGCCUUGGUUCGGCUGGCGACGCCGCUGGACCUGGAAGGUGCGAACUCGAACCUCCAGACCAUCUGCCUUCCGGAUCCCAGGAUGGACUUCAGGCGGGCCAGGUGCAUGGCGACGGGCUGGGGAGAAACGUCGUUCCGGGGUCGCCACUCGGAGCUGCUGAUGGAGGUGAUGCUCCCUGUCUGGAAUCACGAGGACUGCUACAGGGCCUACGUCAAGUACAACAAGAUCACGGACAAAAUGUUCUGCGCUGGCUACAAGGCGGGAAAGAAGUCUUCGUGCAGCGGCGACUCCGGUGGUCCUCUCCAGUGCACCUUUGACGAAGAGGUGUGGUAUCUGGGCGGUGUGGUGUCUCACUCGGUCUACUGCGCGCUUCCAAAUAUGCCCACCGUGUUCACCAAGGAAAAAAAACAGCAGAAACUCAAGGGCAACUUUGCUAAAUCCUAG